AUGGACAGCGACAAACCAACAACGAACACUAGUACUCAUCUACAAUACAGCCGUGAGGACGCCUAUGAAAGAGAAGAGGGACAGGAACUUAUUAAAAAUUUCCUGUUCAUAAAGAAAACGAUCGAAAACAAGAUACCCACACAUCAAAACAACGACGAGCUAGACACAUUUGAGCAUCACACAGAAGUACGACGUCGUUGGUGGGAUGGAUCCAACAUCCUUUGCGAACGUCACCCGACGAGUCCAUCGUACGACGAUUAA